AAGGUUCGAUGAUUUUUCCCAGAUGAAUGAUACAAUACUGGAAGGAUUGGUAAAAUACACUUGAUUGAUAAUAUACAUAACCUAUCAUAGCUUUUUUUCCAGUAAAAGGGCUAGACUUUUAAGUAACUUGAGCAUCAUUUUGGAGCUCUGUUUACAACUAAUUUUCCCAGACCAUUUAUUAUUUUGAAUGUUACAUACUAUUUUUAAAAUAAUUGUAUAUCUUUUUUCUGUCCGUUGGGGCUAAUUUGAAAAGAGCACAUAUUGGGCCGCUGGGUGGGGUCUCCCGCGGCAGGUCUUCCUCCUUGCCCUCCGUAUGGAAGGCACUGCCACGCCGCCCCCGCUUGGAGGCACGAUGGCGGAUGGCGGGCGGCGGAUCUCUCCAAAGCCAGGGCGCCCCUUCGGUCUUAUCGCCCGGUUGCUAAGCCGAGGCGGAGCGCCGAGGCGCCGCCUGUUUACUGGAAGGCUACCCACCCAGGGCUCCCCCGCUUCUGGCGUGCCCUGCGGCUUCCGAGGCCGGUGAGCCAGGCCCCGGCCAACCCCUCGGGAAACGGUGGGACUUGACGCCCAUCAUCCCCGACCUUCGCCUAGAGUAGAUGGCAAAUUGAAGGAACCCGCCCCGCUCCCGGAAGACAAACGGAAGUGACGACCACGCAGCCGCCGCGCCCGGGUGUUAGGGUGAUGGGCCCUCUACCCUUUCGCCCCCGACUCUAUGGCGAGGCGGUUCCGCGGGCGAGAGCAGCAGCAUGAGGGACACCUCGAGCCCCGUCAGCGUCAUCCUGGUGAGCUCCGGCAGCCGAGGCAACAAGCUGCUCUUCCGCUUCCCCUUCCAGCGGGGGCCCGGCAACCCGGCCGCCCAGAUCGGAACGUCAAGGAAUAGGUAUGCUGUAAACGGUAUGGGUGACAAUGUAGAAGAUCCAGAUGGAGAUUCCAGAGAGCCCUAUCCUCUCACUGAUGAGCAGGUGGUGUCGGGGUUUUCAGAUGUCAUUCUGGCAACAAUUCUGGCUACUAAAUCGGACAUGUGUGGCAAAAAGUUUGAGCUGAAGAUUGAUAACAUUCGUUUUGUUGGGCACCCAACUCUGCUGCAGCAUGCCUUUGGCCAGGUAUCAAAGACAGAUCCUUCUCCCAAGAGGGAAAUGCCCACCAUGAUUCUCUUCAAUGUGGUUUUUGCUUUAAGGGCCACUGCGGACCCCUCUGUGAUCAGCUGCCUGCAUAACCUCUCCCGGCGCAUUGCCAUUGUGCUUCAGCACGAAGAGAGACGCUGCCAGUAUCUCACCAGGGAGGCCAAACUCAUCCUAGCCAUUCAAGAUGAAGUUUCAGCCAUGUCAGAAACAAGGGAUGGCCCUCAGUCGCCUUUCCCUCACAUCCUUCCCAAGUGCAAGCUGGCCAGGGACCUUAAAGAGGCUUACGACAGCCUGUGCACAACAGGGUUGGUCCAAAUACAGAUCAAUAACUGGCUGGAAGUGAGUUUCUGCCUGCCUCAUAAAAUCCAUGAUGUGGCAUCCAGUUUCAUCCCCCCAGAAGCCAUUGAAAGAAGCUUGAAGGCUAUUCGGCCUUACCAUGCCUUAUUGCUGCUUAAAGAUGAGAAGUCUCUCCUCAGCGAACUGCCCCUCGACUGCUCCCCUGCUCUGGUUCGAGUGAUCAAAACCACCUCUGCGGUGAAGAACCUUCAGCAGCUGGCUCAGGAUGCUGACCUGGCCUUGCUCCAGGUGUUUCAGCUGGCUGCACAUCUGGUCUAUUGGGGCAAGGCCCUCAUGGUCUAUCCCCUGUGUGAGAACAACGUCUACAUGAUGUCUCCCAACGCCAGUGUCUGCCUUUAUUCCCCUCUGGCAGAGGAGUUCUCCUCUCAGUUUCCAGGCCAUGACCUGCCCGCAGUUCUGUCCAAGUUCUCCUGGCCAGUUUCUCUGUCUGAGCUCAAGGACCCUCUGGCUCCAGCGAUUCAGGAGACACAUCUCAUUCGGAUGGUGGCCUGGAUGCUCCAGCACCGGCUUCUGAUUCAGCUGCACAGCUACGCUUGCCUAAUGGUUCCCCCAAAGGAAGAGGAGGAAGAGGAGGAGGAGGAGGAGGAGGGUUUUCAUACCAGAAUAGAAGAGCUGUCCUUUCCUGCCCGAAUUGGGGGCCGAAGCCUCAGCACUCCUAGCGCACUCAGUUUUGGUUCUCCCACUAGCAGUGAUGACAUGACCUUGACAAGUCCCAGCAUGGACAACUCCAGUGCGGAGCUGUUGCCUGGGGGAGAGUCUCCCGUGAACAAGCGCAUGACGGAGAACCUCCUGACCAGCCUCUCGGAGCACGAGCGGGAAGCCAUUCUUAGUGUUCCCGCAGCUCACAAUCCAGACGAUCUGCGCAUGUUUGCCAGGCUGUUGCACUAUUUCCGUGGACGGCAUCACUUGGAGGAGAUCAUGUACAACGAGAACAUGCGCCGCUCACAUCUGCUCAUGCUCUUUGACAAGUUCCGUAGCGUGCUGGUGGUGACCAGCCACGAGGAUCCCGUCAUCUCUGUCUUUCAGUCCCUCCAUAAGUAAGAAGAGGAGGCCUACUUGGGGCCAGAAAGAAGCUACAUUGAGGCCAGAUGCUCCCAGAUCCAAGGAAGCACCUCCUGCUUGACAUUACAGGAGUGUUCUUCCAGUCUGGCAUUUUGCGCUCUGUCCCCUUGGGAGCUACAGCCUUCUUUGGAGGGAAGGAGGGCUUGCAGAAAUAGGACUUAGCAGAACAGCUGUGUGAGCUUCCCUUCCCAAAUUGUGGAGGUGGGAAAGAAGCUGGCUUUUAAAAGCAGGAAGAAUAGGGGGAACUCAGGAUGAGCCCCUUUGGUGAAAUAGUGCCCAAUGACUUCCCUUCUGCCGCAGGUUGAAUGCUCACAUUAAACUGGGUGGAUAGUGAAAGUGCAUAGCCCACCCACCCUGCCCCCUACUACUGCUCUGAAACAUCCUGCUGUUGGUGUGUCUGCUUAAGUCAUACUGUUCUGGUACUGCCAGCUUAACCAAUUAUCCUGGGGUUGUCUUGGGGUGAGGAGGGGUCACAUUAGGAUCAAGUGGAAACAGCUGUUCCAGCAAUGUGGGCCUAGAGCCGUGCGCUUCCUUUCCUGCUCAUUACAUUAUGGAUUUGGCUCCACUGACCCCUCAUUGGAAUAGAGCAAAACAUGUUUACAUAAAUAAACCUGAAAUGGCA